CUAAAUGCAAUGCCUGCUUAUCAACACACCUCCUUAAGUCCCCAGCUUGUUCCCUGACCCCACCUUGAUCUCCUGCGCUAAUAGCCUGGCCAGCGAGCGUGGUGCGUGACACAAACAGAUCGGGUUACCUGGCGUCCCUAACCACCUGCGCGGAGCGGGACAGCUCCUGUGGUACUGAACUCAAGUGUUCCCGGUUCUUGCUUCUCAUUGGUUACGCGGCGGACUCCUCGGCCAGCCGCUGAUUCGCCAGUUCACCUGCUCGUUAAGCGGAUUUCCUUCACAACAGACCGAGCCGGGGAGCAGCUGCAGCGGAGCCGGUGCGCUCAAUGUCACCGGCACCGGAGAAGAUGAAUUUUGUCGGGAGGACCGUAAACACUGUCGCCACAGACCGACGAAGACGCUCAGCCAACGACUGCAAGUGAGGAAAAACUUAAACAUCAACCACGAGACAAUAAACUGCUUCAAGCUCCAGGACAGAUUGAGGCGCGGGAGACUUGGGAAAUUGUGGAUGCAGCAUGUGCUUGUAGCCAUGAAGAAUGUGCUUGGACCAGUUUGGUUGAGAAACACAGAAGUGCUCAUUCAUAAGAACUUUUCAACGAAUCAGCUGUCUGAAUAGUUAUGAUAUUUGGGCACUGAAAACGAUGUACCUUCUAAAUGGCUGGCAUGUCUGAAGUCCUACAUCACUCCCAGCUAUGAGCUAAGCCCACUCCACCCUGGGCGUCCCCCGCAGGAUGACCGCUGUCUGCCCCGCCGAGAGCAGCCCAGAAGGGGUUACCGCUGGGGCAGGGGCAGCAGGCUCUCGGGCUUCGGGGGCAGCAGGCAUCACUGGGAAGAGCUCAGCUUCCGGGGUAGAGACCGGAGAGUCUAAUGGAGACUCUGUCGGGGGGUCCGUCGGAGGCACGGCCGUGGUUGCGAGUGGCCAAAGGUACGCCCGCUGGAGCCGCCAGGACAGCUCUGACAUCAACACGGACGAUGAGGGCGCAACCGUCCGCCGCCUCACUCCGCUGGAGAGGCUUAACCUGGACAUGUGCCAGGAUGACAGGGUGGUUCGCGAGCUAACAGUGGGCAGGAGAAUCGGCUUCUACAAAAUUCGCGGAGAGAUUGGGUGUGGAAAUUUCUCCCAUGUGAAGCUUGGAAUCCAUGCGCUCACCAAAGACAAAGUGGCCAUAAAGAUCUUAGACAAAACCAAGCUGGAUCAGAAGACCCAGAGGCUGCUGUCCAGAGAGAUCUCUAGCAUGGAGAAGCUCCACCACCCAAACAUCAUACGACUCUACGAGGUGGUGGAGACUUUGUCAAGGUUACACCUGGUGAUGGAGUACGCGGGCGGAGGGGAGCUCUACACCAAGAUCACUACAGAAGGGAAACUAUCGGAUACUGAUAGCAAGAUUGUCUUCGCCCAGAUACUCUCUGCUGUUAAACACAUGCACGAAAACAACAUCAUCCACCGUGACUUGAAGGCAGAAAACGUCUUCUACACCAGCAGCUCGUGUGUCAAAGUAGGGGAUUUUGGAUUUAGUACGCUGAGCCGCCGUGACGAAACACUCAACACAUUCUGUGGCUCUCCACCUUAUGCUGCGCCUGAACUCUUCCGCGAUGAGCACUAUGUCGGCAUCUACGUGGACAUCUGGGCCCUGGGGGUGAUGCUGUUCUUCAUGGUGACGGGGACCAUGCCGUUCAGGGCAGACACUGUGGCCAAACUGAAGCGGUGCAUCAUGGAAGGGGCCUACGUCCUGCCCACCUGGGUGCCCGAGGCAUGUCAGCGGCUGAUCAGGGGGAUCCUCCAGCCCGUACCAUCUGACCGCUGUACGGUGGAGCAGAUGAUGGGCUGUGAGUGGCUGCUCCCCGUGGACUUCCCGCGCCCCAUGGAGCCUUUUAAACUCGACCCAUCCUACCUAGCGGAGAGCGACACAUCUGAACUCGAGGAGGAGGAGAUGGAGGUGAAGCUAGCACUGGAGACGCUGGGAAUCACGUCAGAACACAUCCUCAACAACCAGGGGAAAGACUGCAGGAGCUCCAUCACUGGGGUCUAUCGGAUCCUGCUGCACCGCGCUCACAAGAGACGGGUCGUGGAGAGCAUUCCUGCGGUCGCGCAGGUUGUCGGACCGUCGACAAAAAGUAAAAAGGAGCGGCUGAAAGUGUACCGCAGUUUACGCCACACAUCUAAACUCUGUGUGAUCCUGUGACAAAAUGCUCUGCUUUGCUCUAGAAAUAAAUUGACUUCAUAGUCUGGGAGAAGACUGCAUGGAUUCCACUAGAAAUCAAAAAAGUGCUCUUCAGUCCAGUAAUAUUUGAAAUCAUGGUAAAUAACACUCAGCUCCUGAAAUCAGGCAUUUCUUAAGUACCUUGUUAGUAAAAUUAGUCUCAGUAAUAAUGUUGCUGCCAGUCACUUAUUAUUAUUGUUUCAUUUUCCUGACAGGGCGGGGACCCCUGAUUCUCAUAAUUUAGAAACAAUAUGAGAUGUAUAAUUAAUUUUACUAAAUAUAGUAAGGAUUAGUAGGCAUACAGGUCUUGCUACAUCAGUCACACAGGACAGAUAUUUACAACAUACAGUAGCUCACACCCAUUCAAUGCUCAGUUGUGUUGUAACAACAAAUCCUGCGAAAAUCAAUGUAGCAUAAAUCUAAAGGAAAAGAGGUAGAAAUCCACGACAUUAUGCUGAGGCGAUAAAGUGGUGAAACAUGCAAUCAAUACAUGAAAUGUGCUGUCUUUAAUGUUCAAUUGCACUUUUCUUCGAUGCCUUAGGUGUUUUUUUUAACAUGUGAUGAGAUCUGAUGGACUGGUUUACCUAUAAUCCUUAAUGUUUGUGAUGCUAUAAAUAGAGAUUUCACAUCUUACGUAUCUCUAUGAGAUGUUCCUACUGUUAGACCGGUUGACCUCACAUACCUCACUAUUUUCCCCAUGGCUUGAAAAAAGCCUGUGAAUGACAUUAAGCUAUGAAUACCCAAAUACCAGCUACAAGAGUUAUUGGUUCGUGUGGCAAAAUCACUGACACAAUUUCAGUAUGAGAUUCAGUCGUUGGAUUUUUAAUCAUAUGAUGCCAUGUUCAUGCUAAUGUGCUGAUUGAAAUAAAUAAAAGUAUGAAACACACUUUUCUUCUCCUU